AUGGCGGCCGAGAAGAAGCUUUUGGUGACGUCAUAUAGCCGUAUGAUUGACUCUAUUGAGUCACGUUCGGAAAAAAUGCUGAUCUUUGUGCGUUCUUUUGAUCCCGAGAAGCAAGACAAGUCGAUUCUCGAAGACAAGCUAGAGUCGGUUGAAGCCAUGCGUUCUUUGUUUCAUGAGACUGAGGUUAAGUUGUAUGGCGUUAUCAAGGAAGAUGAGGUUCAGUCGUGUCAAAUGACCAGUGAGAAGUUAGAAGACCUGUUCGAUGAGAUACGUCACAUUAUUCGAACCAAACUUCGUGCGAUUGAUCCUCCCAAGCCAGCGAGUGCACAGGUUGUAGUUGCGACUGCCCAACAAACCCAAGCAAAGUUACCAGACAUCCCUCUUCCUCGUUUCAACGGACAGUUGGAGGAUUGGAUUUCCUUCAAAGGUCAGUUCAAUGCUCUGAUAAAGCGUCGGGAAGGUCUUCCAGAAAGUGAGAAAUUGUUUUAUUUGAAGGCAGCCAUUCAAGAUGGUGCCGCCCGCCAUAUUCAAUCGUCCGAAGACACUUUCGCGUCCCUUUGGAAAUCCCUUAGCAGUGAGUUUGAGAAUAAAAAACUGCUGGUCGACAAGCACAUUGCUCAGUUGUUCCACUUAAAACCAAUAAUUCGUGAGUCAGGGUCUGCGCUGCGAUGUUUGAUAAACGAUGUUACUCGCAACAUUCGUGCCUUAUCCAAUCUUGAGUUAAAACUUGAACCUUUGUCGGAACAAUUCCUUAUUCACCUUAUCUGUACACGUUUGGAUUCCCGUACCAGGAAGGACUUCGAACUACAGUUAAUUGAUAAUUCGCUACCGUCUUGGGAUAAACUGCUCGAUUUCCUUCAGUCGCGCUGUAGGUGUUUGGAGAAUAUUGAACAAGACGGCAAGGACUCCUCUGUACAUGGUCUAGGUUCUCGUACCAAGCCUAACUUUAGCGAUCGCUCGUCGAAUGUCUCCAAAUCGUUCCCAGUCAGCACAGCUCCAACCAAGUCCAGUCCAACAUGUUUCCUUUGUAAAGGGACUCACUACCUGAGUCGAUGCGAGCAAUUUCUUCGACUACCACAAUCAGAACGUUUUUCGAAAGUUAAAGGUUUGGGUCUCUGUUUGAACUGCUUCAGUAAUAAACACCAUGUACCGGAGUGUAAGUCCAGUUCCUGUCGAAAAUGUGCCCGUCGUCACCACACUACAUUGCAUGAACUGGAUCCAAUACCGUCAACCUCAUCAAACAUAACCAAUCGAUCGAACCCUGCACCUUCCACUUCAUCGACAAAUUCGAUCGUUGCUACUGUAUCAUCAACGACCAAUCGAAAAGGUCAAUAUGUUCUUUACACAGCAGUGGGUUUAGUCGAAGACGAAAAUGGAAAUUCGAUUAAUUGUAGAAUUCUUCUCGACUGUGGGUCUAUGCACAAUUUGAUCACUACGCACUUAGUCAACGCGUUGCGUUUGCGCAUGAUGAAAGUUAAUUUUGCCAUAGAAGGCGUUUCUGGAGCACCGCAUUUAAUCAAGAGCAAAGUAGGAGCAACGAUCCGCUCUAAUGUGAACGCUGACGUUUCAAUGAAGCUUGAGUUCCUAGUAAUGAAGAAGGUUACUACUGACUUACCCCUAAGAUCAUUUCCGAUAGACCCCGAGCGAAUCCCAGCGGAUGUAGUACUGGCAGAUCCUAUGUUCAAUCGAUCGCGACGAAUCGAUAUGCUGUUGGGAAUCCAAGUGUUCAACGAAUUAUUUACUGGCCAAUCUUUUUCGUUGACGAAUGAUCGUACGUUCUGGUGCAAAGAAACGAUUUUUGGAUGGGUUGUUGGCGGAGUAGUGAACGAGCAAGAAGAAAGGUCAACUUCUACGAAUUUUUGUGCAGUCAUGACGAACGAGGCAUUAAGUGAACAGAUUAAUCGAUUUUGGGAGAUGGAAGCGCUUCCCGAAGCACGUAAAUUGACUCAAGAAGAACGAGCAGCAGAGCGAAGUUUUUCGGAUACAUGCCGGAGACUUCCAGAUGGACGAUAUGAAGUAGGUCUCCCAAUAAAAGAAACUAUUCAAAAGCUCGGAGAUAGCCAGACUAUGGCGUUGCGAAGAUUUGUGCAGAUGGAGAAGCGAUUGUUGCAUGAUUCCAACCUACGAGAUCAGUAUCGAACAUUCAUGAACGAUUAUCAAGAGCAGAGUCAUAUGAUCAAACCGAAGCAACAUUGUCCAACAGGAUAUUUCAUGCCCCAUCACGCGGUGUUCAACCCCGCGAGCACCACCACGAAGACGCGAGUCGUAUUCGACGCAUCCGCUGCUACUACAAGCGGAACCUCCCUAAAUGAUCACUUAUUUGUUGGUCCUGUUCUACAGCGAAAACUGACUGAUACCGUGCUAAGAUUUCGUGUUCCAAAGGUAGUGUUUACAGCGGACAUAACUCAGAUGUUCCGACAGAUCCAAAUUGGACCCGACGAUUGGAAGUAUCAGCAAAUUUUCUGGCGGAUAGAGCAAGGACACCCAUUGGAGAUCUUUCAGUUGACCACGGUUACGUACGGAACGGCUUGUGCACCGUUUUUGGCCACGAGGACGCUGGAGCAAUUGUGCAAGGAUGAGAGCAAACGGUUUCCUUUGGCAUCGAAGGCAGGGACUGAAGAUUUUUAUGUGGACGACCUGUUGAGUGGAGCUGAUACUGUUGACGAGGCUUUAGCAUUGCAAAACGAAUUCAUUCAGAUGAUGGCUUCUGGAGGGUUCAAGUUGCAUAAAUGGGCUUCUAACCAUCCUGAAUUAUUACAGUCAGUACCGAACGCCGAUUCAGAGCAGAUUGCAUUUUUUGAGGACGAGAACGUUUUUCGAAAAUAG